AUGAAGUCUAUUCUCGAAAAGGAUGCUACGGUAGCUGAUAAUGUUAAGGGAUUGCUGCUAAAUGCUAGCGAUGACUUCAAUUUUGUAGUCAAAGGAGAACAACUAAAUGAACAAACGAAUACUGAUAAUGUUAUUAAACUUGACAUUAUCAGUAAAUUUAUUGGAAACCUCAAAAACAGCAAAAACGCUGAAGAUUUGAUUGAGAUACAGGAUGGCAACCAUUUGCCGAAGAAAAUUUCUUUGCCAGAAGUACUCACAGAGCUUGACAAGCUAAUGAUAAAGGAAACCGAAAAACAAGGGUUGCAAGAACGUAUGGCAAAACUUUACGAAUUAACACGCUACAGAAAACAAAUUAAUUCAAUUGUAAAUAAGACGAAGAAGGAAUUUUACUUUGUCCAGGAUGCUAACAUAUUUGAAGCUAUAGGAUUUAGAAUCAUGAGCUGCCUUCAUAAACUUAAUUCAGCUUUUGGCGAUUUUAUGAAAAAUGUCAUAAGGUAUUCCUAA